AUGGGCAUAAGAGGUUUAACAACAUUCAUCGAGAAUAGGUCUCACUUCUACUUGGAAAAUUACCAGCUUCACGAUACAAACCUCGUUAUAGAUGGGAAUUCAAUCGCCUGUCAGCUUUAUCGGCGCCACAACAAGUCCUUAAACGAUUCCUUUGGCGGCGACUACGACAGAUUCGCGGGAAUCAUCAACAACUUCUUCAAUACCCUUCAACGAUGUAACAUUACACCACUGAUUGUAUACGAUGGGGGCUACGAAACGAAAAAAGUCCACACGAUUAACAGUCGAAUGAAGAACAGAAUAAAAGCCGCCAAUCAGUUAAAUCCCACCAAUAGUUUUUCUGUAUUUCCGUUGUUCCAAAGGCAUGUAUUCGAAGAUGUGGUCGAACAGAGAGGAAUUAAAAGCGUCAGGUGUGAUUUCGAAGGCGAUACGGAAAUUACGAACAUUGCGAAAGCUUUGGACUGUCCGAUUUUGAGUUACGAUUCCGAUUUUUUCAUAUUCGAUGCCUUAUAUAUUCCUUUUUCGUAUUUCGAAAUAAGCGUAAAGUCGGCUAAUGAUGAAUCUGAUGUAGCCUACAAGUAUAUCAGCUGUAAAGUUUAUAAAGUUGACAAGUUUUUGAAAUCGUUCCCUGGAUUACAGAAGAGCUGUUUGCCAAUAUUGGCUGUACUUUUAGGCAACGAUUACGUAAAGAGAAGCGUUUUUGCAGUGUUUUAUCAAAAUUUAAAAAUGCAGACAUGCCGUGGAAGCGAAUCGAAUCAACAGAAAGUAAUAAAGUCGCUUUUAACUUGGCUGCAGAACGAGACGAUCGAAAGUGCCUUGUCGAAAGUGCUCGGGAGAUACUGUAAAGCCAAAAGACAGAAAAUUUUGAAGAAAAUAAAUGUUGCUAUAAAUGGUUAUAAUUCGUACGAGAGCAGGUACAUGCGUUAUUUAGAUGUAAAUGUCCCAAAAGCAGGCCCGUCCAAACAUAAAGUUGAUUUAUUAAGCAUCGAUAUUCCCGAUGAAGAUGAAGAAAUCGAAAACAACGAUGCACACCAAGAUCAAGACGAUGAUGUUUCAUCAGAGGAAGAUGAAAAUGUUAAUAUACCUUCCAAGUUUCAAGACAAAUUUAGACGUUGCAUUUAUCCAGCGUCAUUUAUGGAUAUUUUAGUGCGAAACAGAUACUAUUGUGUGCCUCAAGUCGAGAAUGUUGCAUUAGAAAAUUCACAUACUUAUUCCCAAGCGACUGCUAAGAAAAGAAGGAAAAAGAGAAAGAAAAGGGAGGAUCAACCGGAAAAUAUUGACGAUAUAAUGAAUAUUGACGAUCUUGAAUUAAAUUCAGAUGAUGAGGCUUCGUUCGAUCCCAACAAUUUAUUUAGUGUACUUAGAAAUAAUUAG